AUGUUCCUUCAUCAGCCUUUUUGCCAUGUGGGCAAAGAUCAUGGAUUUUACCCUCAAAUCCUCUAUGAAGACAGUUUUUCUUUGUCGAGUGCUUCAUCCAUGGUGUGCGUUUCACAUCUUGCCAUCUCAUAAAUGAAAUUAGCAUUGUGUCUGUCUGCCUACAAAAAUGGAGAACACUACAGCGAAACACGUAACCAUCAACAAUCCAGCUGACAUCAGUGUGAUUAUUGGCUACUUUUUGGUGGUUAUUGCAGUAGGAAUUUGGUCUACAUUUAGGACUAAUCGUGGCACCGUAGGCGGCUACUUUCUUGCAGGUCGGACCAUGGUGUGGUGGCCUGUGGGAACGUCUCUUUUUGCGAGCAACAUUGGCAGCGGCCAUUUUGUUGGCCUCGCAGGAACAGCAGCUGCGAGUGGAAUAGCCGUCGGGAGUUUUGAGUGGAAUGCAUUAUUUAUUGUUUUGUUGUUGGGCUGGGUGUUCGUCCCUGUUUAUUUAACCGCAGGGGUGAUUACAAUGCCACAGUACCUCAAGAAAAGAUUUGGAGGGACUAGAAUUAGCUUAUAUCUCUCUGUCGUUUCACUUUUCCUUUACAUCUUCACAAAGAUUUCUGUUGACAUGUUCUCAGGAGCGGUUUUUAUACAGCAAGCUCUUGGCUGGAAUAUCUAUGUUGCAGUGAUUGCUCUGCUCUGCAUAACAGCACUCUAUACUGUCACAGGAGGACUGGCUGCGCUGAUGUAUACAGAUACUGUCCAGACCUUUGUUAUCAUUGCUGGAGCCUUCGUCCUCAUGGGAUUUUCCUUCUAUGAAGUUGGAGGUUACAAUACCUUACUAGAGAAGUAUAGUUUAUCUUUACCAACUCAGAGGAUUUCCCUAGACCCUCAGAGGUAUAAUAUCUCCGAACAAUGUUACACUCCACGAGAGGAUGCCUUUCAUUUGCUUAGGGAUCCCACGACUGGGGACUUGCCAUGGCCGGGUGUGUUAUUUGGCAUCGCAAUUAUUGGUAGCUGGUACUGGUGUACUGAUCAGGUAAUUGUGCAACGCUGUUUGGCUGCCCGCAGUCUGACGCAUGUAAAGGCAGGAUGUAUAUUGUGUGGGUACCUGAAACUGCUCCCUAUGUUUCUCAUGGUGUUUCCAGGCAUGAUCAGCAGAGUGCUUUACCCUGAUGAAGUAGGUUGUGUGGAGCCAAGCAUCUGUAACAAAGUCUGUGGCACAGAGGUUGGCUGCUCUAACAUUGCCUACCCCAAACUAGUGGUUUCUGUAAUGCCAACAGGUCUCAGAGGAUUGAUGCUGGCAGUUAUGUUAGCAGCUCUCAUGAGCUCACUAGCAUCCAUCUUCAACAGCAGUAGCACCUUGUUCACUAUGGACAUUUGGACUCGUAUCCGGCCUCAAGCUAGAGAUAAAGAGCUUAUGGUUGUUGGAAGGGUGUGGAUACUCUGCAUUGUCGCUAUUAGCAUUUGCUGGAUCCCAGUUGUCCAGGCAGCCCAGAGUGGUCAGCUGUUUGAUUAUAUUCAAUCUGUGACUAGUUACUUAGCUCCACCUAUUGCAGCAGUCUUCUUCCUUGCCAUUUUUGUGAAGAGAGUCAAUGAGUCAGGGGCUUUCUGGGGCUUGAUGGGAGGACUGGUUAUGGGUCUGUGUCGCAUGGUACCCGAGUAUGCAUAUGGCUCAGGAAGCUGCCUCUUUCCAUCCACCUGUCCAAAACUUAUAUGUGGAGUUCAUUACCUUUACUUUGCAAUGCUGCUCUUCUUCUGCACCAUUAUUCUAGUGCUGUUUGUAAGCUACAACACCCCACCCAUAGAGGACAAACAUCUCCAUCGCCUUGUCUUUACCUUACGCCAUUCUAAAGAAGAAAGGGUCGAUCUGGACCGGGAAGAGCAGGAACAAGGAAGGCAAGCACGAAGAGACGCAGAUGAAAAGGAGAAGGUCAUAACUGAUGAGGAUCAAAUUGAACAUGGUGACCGAUCUAUAAUGAUGAAGAUUAUUGGCUGGUUUUGUGGCAUAAGUGAUGCUCAGGCUCCAGAGCCUACAGAGGAGGAAGUGGCAGAAGCAUCAAAACAACUACCUGACAUAAGUGAAGACCCACUGUGGAAGUAUUUAGUCAAUGCUAAUGCGCUAAUAAUGAUGUCUGUGGCUGUUUAUUUUUGGGGGUACUAUGCAUGAGAGGGAAAUACUGACCAUAAGACAUAAAUCAGUGUUUUCCUACCCUGGUCUUAGAGUACUCCCAACACUGUGUAUUUUGUGUCUUUUUAAUCAAACACAAAUGGUUCAACUCAUCAGUUUGUUACUAGCAUACCUGCAAACUAUCGCUUUUUGGUGAAAUUCGCCAUUUUGAAUCAAAAUAGGGCCGUCAUUUAUGUGAAUCGUGAAAAAUAUACAGUGAAAUUUACCGAAAUCCGUAUCAUGUCGCACGUAAAAUCGAUCAAUCGGUGUUUCAACUGCGGAAAGGCGUCAAAAAAACCCAAAAACGUCACAUUUACCUCAGAAAACCCGUUCAGCGUCCAAAAACUCAUGAGUCAGCUACAGAAAUGAACUUUAAAUCCAGGCUAUUGCAUAUUCAUUGUAUUUUUACUUAACAUGUGCUUCAAUAUUGAAUGUAGCUAACGUAUACAUCCGUUUUGACAGCCAACAGUUAAAUGUUUAGGCCUACAUAAAAAACAAGUAGAAACAUAAUUAUGUCAUUAAAAAAUUAUAACUUUAUUAUAAAAACUUCAUAUGUAUAGCCUAAUUUAUAUGUAAGUAGCUUACAAAUCAAUUUGAACCUUUAAUAUUAUGAUGUACCAACUGUGGUUUAGUUUACAGCGUUAGUUGAUUUUUUUUUUUAUUCGAGGAAAUGUGCCAUGUAUACUGUACCUUAUAGGCCCCAAAUUAAUCAAUAGUGCACCAGAAUGAUUCAUUUACAUGUUAAAAAUCACAAAAAUUUUCUCCUGGGGGAAGAUGCCCCCAGACCCCUCUACAACUAUUUCAUUCAGAAACAUGUCACCCUUUUUACCUCUUGAGUUUGCAGGUAUGUACUACAGACUCCUGAAAUGAGUGUCAGAUAAGGGAGACAUCCAAAGUGUUUACUGAUAAGUGUACUCCAGGACCAAGGUUGGGAAACACAUAUUUAAAACUUUGAAUUUUUACACAUCUACAGAAUCUGUUAAUGACUAACAUACCUGAUACAAUGUAUGAAAACAGUACUUUAAAUGGAUCACUGAAAAGCCAAUAAAAUCAUAAUUUGGAUUAGUAA